UCUCCAGAAAAGUGGCUGGCGUUUUGACAGAGAGGGUGACGCCGCAGCCCCGUUGUUGCACGCCAGGAAGCGAUUGAGGACUGACAAGAGAUUUAUUCUGAGGUGUAUGGCCCCUUUCUCUCGUAUCAUGAAUCCUGUUCAGGGGCCUCUCUCUCAAGAGAUUAAACCACACGAAAGAGAGGAUUCCGAGAAGGAAGACUUACAAUCAAAAGAGAAGACGGCUACAAAAGGAUGUAAAAGCAAGACCCCCAGCCUCCCUUUCAGCGUAGAGUCGCUGAUCUCGGACAGAACGGCGUGCCGGACUGAUCAUGUCUCCACUGAGCCGGUUCUGGUUCCGCCUAAACCUGUUGGCGAGCAGGAGGGACCCCACUCUCCCAGGAGGGGUUAUGCAGAGAAAACUCGUUCCGUGGACAGCUUCCCUAACUCAACAGGCUGUCCGAAAAGUGAGACAGAGGAUCUUCAUGACAGCGACCAGAGCACUUGGUUUCAGACCUCGUCUUUUUCAACUCCACCCAGGCACUCCAGUCCGCCGCCGUGCACCCUUAGGAAGCACAAGAACAACAGGAAGCCCCGGACGCCGUUCACCACCUCCCAGCUGCUGGCGCUGGAGAGGAAGUUCCGCCAGAAGCAGUACCUGUCCAUCGCGGAGCGAGCCGAGUUCUCCAACUCGCUCAACCUCACGGAGACGCAGGUCAAGAUCUGGUUCCAGAACAGGAGGGCUAAAGCCAAGAGACUGCAGGAGGCCGAGCUGGAGAAACUCAAACUGGCCACGAAACCUCUGCUCCCUGCGUUCGCCUUCCCGUUCCCCCUUGGAGCGCAUGUGGGCUCUCCUUCACUGUACGGACCGUCGAACGCUUUCCAUAGACCAGCCUUGCCGGUCCCGGGACUCUUCAGUGGACCAGUCACCUACGGGAUGUAUUAUUUAUCAUAACGGAACUAGGCUGACGUUAAGCAGCCUAGUUGUAAAAGCCAUGUUGAAGUACUGUUUUGGCCCAUUUGGCACAAGUAAUAUAUUGGUUGUAUAGGCCUUCAAACAAAGAUUCUCCAUCUCUUACCCCUGUCCACGGGCGUUGUGCCUAAUAUACUUCCCCCUCGCAAACUGUGGCAAAAUUAAUGUGAACUUUUGAAGCGCUAAAAAUAUCUCCUAACGUCGUUUCAGUUUCUGUAAGCCCUAGCAAAAAAAAAUAUACUUAGCCUAAAUGUAUGUUAUAUCAGCUCUUAAAGCUGGACUUUAGUUUACUAAGGUUUCGCUAUAUUACGAUUUAUAUUCAAAAAAUAUUUUAAUCAGUUUAAUAUUAUUUUUAAUUAAGAGUUCAGAUAUUUGACUUUUUUUUUCCUGCGAUCGUCUGCCGCUGAUAAAACGAUCUUUGUCGAUAGUUAAUUUGUGGGGGUGUGAAACGGACUUUUGGAAUGAGUCCUAAAGUGAAUAUUGACCAUGUAAAACACAGUAAAUUACAAAAGACACCACGCCACCAUGAAAAAAAAGACGACUCAGUUUUUGAACUCCAGGGAAAAAAUCAUAAUUCAUUUCAUGUUGGCGAAUUGACGAACAGAGAAAAUCGUUUUGUUUUUUUUUUAAUUAAGGGAAUACUUUCGUUCUAAUAAUCUAUCAAGGUACUACGUUAAGAAUAGUCUUGUAUCUUCAGAUCUACAAAUAGUCAAUUAAGACUGUCAUAUAUAUUAAGAAUAAAAACGGAUUCCGGUAAUGUUCUCUGUAUAACCAGACUCUAAAACGUUAUAAACGUUAAAAAGUUUGUAUCGUAUUCAAGAAGAUAAUAACCGCGACGGAAGUUUGAAAUUUUACUCUGUUUUAUUUAAACUCCAGAGUGCCUUUUCCUUUCGGUGCAAUGGAAAUACAAAACUCCGAAUUGCUUUCACAGGUCAAAUUGGUCUCCCGUGGCGAGAUUCAGUGAGACCAGGGAUCAAAGAAGAGAGUGCAGUGAGCUCUGACCGCUGGAUUUCUUAAGAGUAGCAUUUGAGUCGCAGUACAUCGUCUUAUUGGUGCUGCUUCUCGUCGACAACUUGUGUGAAUGUUAGUUAUUUUUCUAAUGUGCAUUUUUUUUUUAGAAUUAAAUAACGACCCAGCCUUAUUACAUGAAUUAAUUAACGGUUGUAUUGGUGUUCAUGGACCAAAUAUUUAUCAGCUCAGAACAAAGAUCUUGGAAUGAUUUACAGACAUACAGUACUGAUAGAAAUGUUCCAAGACUAUUAUUAAAAUAUGUGGAACUGGGAGACAGUUGUUUGAAAUCGUGAAAGGCCACAUCGCACUGAGUUUCGAAAACCUGCGGGGUUUUUCCCCCCUCAUGUUCAGCGAUAAAGGCGGAGAAAAUCUUGUCGAGUCAAGAAACUGUCCGUUCCAAUACUGCGUCGCAGUACACGUUUCAAUAGGAAAUUCCGAGGAGUUUAUUUUUCUAUUUUUUGGAGUGUUCGUGUGUUUGUACAUUUGCAUCACGUUGAAAAUUUAUAUUUGCAACAAACCAGUAAACUUUAUAUGUGUGGUGGUUUCUCUGUUGGAUGUCUGCAAAAAGGCGACGAGUGACUAUUAAAUGACUUUUCUGUUUUAAAAUGAGCUCUUAUUAAAAAGCACUAUUGAAAAAGUCGACGUUACCCAGUCAAAGGGUAAACGUAUUUUUAAUGCUGUAUUCGUAUAUAAAAAAAUAAGACCUAUAUGAACUAUGACUGUAAAUAAAAAUUGUAGACUAUAACGUUUGGUUUUCUGCAACCACGAUUUCACAAAGAAUUAGCAGGAGUAUCGCUAUUUAAAUGUUAUAUAUUAUAUAUAAACUGCUAAAUGUGUUUACAUCCAUACAAUGUACAUCUCCGCAUUGUACAUAUUUGUACAUAUUAUUAGAAACGAACAAUUGCCUUUUGUACAAAGUAUUCAAUAAAGUCUUUUAAUUUACAUUAUUUUUUAGAAACGUUGUCUUCAUUUUCUCAUAAUGUCCAUUAUCGGACCCCCUGCCAACAAGUGUUUUUUUAAGUUUUGAACUCUAAUGUAAUUAG